CAAUUGGUUGUGCGCAUGCGUUGUUUCCGUUUCUCACGUGGUUUCGUUACGAUGGCUGUGUGAUAGACAGUACUUGUAAUCAACGAGGAGUGUUGGGAAGAAGAAGAAGAAGAGUAAGAGCGUUCUGCAUGUGUCCCGGGGCCAGAAACGGCUGGUAACUUGGGUAACUUGCCUCACGGAGCAGUUCCUUGUGAGACCAGACCCUUGCACUUGCAGUUUAGGUAACGGGGCCCCUAAACUGCUCCGCAUCUUUACACGAAGAUUUGAAACAGAAGUUUCCUUUGCAAAUCUUGAAAUGGGUGGACCUCUUAUAACAGGGAAAGUGCUGUUUCCUAGUUUUGCAAAUUGGAUUGUUUGGUGUCAAAAACAACAACACCGUUGUAAGUUUUAUGAGAAUCGUCAUGCAAACCGGAAGUGCGUAUCCCAGCAUUUUCAGGUGAUGAAUCUGCGGGAGGGCACUGUGGCAUUGCAGGAGGGCAAACCUGGAGAAAUGACAUGUAAAAGUCAGAGACUGAUGUUACUCACAGGACUGAUAUGCCCUGCCAGUCCUGGCUGCUACCAUUAUAUGCCCUACACUGUCCGAUCAAUGGAAAAACUCAUCAAGUUGAUAGAUCAAGAAAUGCAGGCCAUUGGGGGUCAGAAACUGAAUAUGCCUACCUUGUGCUCAGCAGAGCUUUGGAGAGCCAGUGAAAGGUGGGAACUGAUGGGGAAUGAGCUAUUUCGACUGACAGACAGACACAAUAAGCAAUUUUGUCUAGGGCCUACCCAUGAAGAAGCUAUCACAAACCUCAUCGCUUCUCAAAGCUAUUUGUCCCACAAGCAACUUCCUCUCUUGCUGUAUCAAGUAACAAGAAAGUUUCGAGAUGAACCAAAACCACGUUUUGGGUUGCUGCGUGGCCGAGAGUUCUAUAUGAAGGAUAUGUACACUUUUGAUGCCUCAAAGGAGGCUGCCCUCAAGACCUAUGCCCUUGUAUGCAAUGCUUACUACAACAUACUUAACCGCUUGGGCCUUCCGUUUGUUAAAGUCCAAGCUGCUACGGGAAGCAUUGGGGGAACACUGUCUCAUGAAUUUCAGCUCCCAGCUGACAUUGGCGAAGACCAGUUGAUGAUAUGUACAAAUUGUGACUUUUCAGCCAACACGGAAACCAUAGAUCCCAGUAAAGUGCGUUGCCCAGUUUGCGAGGGAAAACUGAUGGAGAAGAGAGGAAUUGAAGUUGGCCAUACCUUCUACUUGGGCACCAAAUACUCCUCUGUUUUUAAUACUCUUGUCAACACUGCAGAGAAUAAACCUGUUAUGGCUGAAAUGGGCUGCUAUGGGCUUGGUGUGAGUCGGAUCCUUGCUGCUUCCAUUGAAGUGCUUUCUACAGAGGAUGCUAUCCGUUGGCCAAACCUCAUUGCCCCUUAUCAAAUCUGCCUGAUUCCUCCAAAGAGGGGCAGCAAGGAGGAGAAAGGUGCAAUGCUUGUGGAGGAAUUAUAUGAUUCUAUUGCUCAAGCAGUCCCACAACUUAUAGACGAGAUAGUCCUGGAUGACCGGACUGAGCUCACAAUUGGUAAAAGGUUAAAAGACGCCGAUAAACGUGGGUAUCCCUACGUUAUAAUAGCUGGGAAGAAGACUGUGGAUGUUCCCUCUCUGUUUGAAGUAAGGAAUCAAAACACUGGUGAGAUAUUGUUCCUUACCAGAGAGGCUAUUGUUGACUUGCUAAGUAAAGUGCACACAUCCUAAAUACUCCUUUGUCUUGUGUUUGAAUAUUAAAGUGCUUAUGCAUUCCUUUGUCAUAUUUGACACAUGCCAAGGGGGACCUUUGUGACUUUCACUGUUUUGGUUUAGGUUUACUUGCUCAAGGAUUGGAAAGAAGGCAGGAAUAAUGGUUGUUUCCUUUCAUGUGUGGCUUGCCCAUGGAGUUCAGUGUUGGAAAGUUUCGUUUCUACAGUGAGGAUGUUCUAUAUGAAGGAUUCCUAUCAUCAGAUUCAACAAGUCAGCCCUUUGUUACACAGUGUAAUACUUCCCUCCCUGACUAUUCUUCUAGGAGAAGGAAAAAGUAAGAUGGAUGUGAAUAGGGUUAAAAACAACUCUGAAAUACAGCCUUCUCAAUGUGGUUCAUGGAAGCAGGCCCUUACUUUUCUGUCCAGCUACCAACAUCUGACAUAAAAGAAGGGAAAGCUGAAUGCAAAAUACGAACUAAUUCUUGAUUUUCUCAUGUUUUUCUUGGAUAUACCAUGUUUUUGUAUGUAGAAUUCCCAUAGUUUAACUACAGUGGUGCCCCGCAAGACGGUGUUAAUUCGUUCCACGAAAA